ACAAUAUAUUGGAAACAAACAGAAAGAAAAGAACAAAAAAAGAAAAUAUGGCCACGAAGAGCAAAGUUCUUGUGGUGGGUGGUACUGGCUACAUAGGGCGGAGAAUUGUGAAGGCAAGCCUAGCGCAGGGCCACCCGACCUUUGUCCUUCAGCGGCCGGAGAUCGGGCUCGAUAUCGAGAAGUUGCAAAUGCUUCUUUCCUUUAAGAAGGAAGGAGCUCAUCUUGUUGAGGGUUCAUUUUCUGAUUUUCAGAGCCUUGUGGAUGCGGUGAAAAAGGUUGAUGUUGUGAUAUGCACCAUGUCGGGCGUGCACUUUCGCAGCCAUAACAUUUUGUUGCAGCUCAACCUAGUUGAAGCCAUUAAAGAGUCGGGAAAUAUUAAGCGUUUCUUGCCUUCGGAAUUUGGUAUGGAUCCAGCGCGAAUGGGAGAUGCAUUAGAGCCUGGAAGAGUGACAUUUGAUGAGAAAAUGAAAGUGAGGAAAGCAAUAGAGGACGCCAAUAUUCCUUUCACUUAUGUCUCUGCCAACUGCUUUGCCGGUUACUUUGCUGGCAAUCUCUCUCAAAUGCAAUCACUAGUUCCCCCAAAGGAUAAAGUCCUUAUUUAUGGUGAUGGCAAUGCAAAAGCAAUUUUUCUAGACGAAGAUGACGUAGCAACAUAUACAAUCAAAACAAUCGAUGAUCCUAGGACGCUGAACAAAACGUUGUAUCUUCGGCCACCAGAAAACAUACUUUCUCAAAGACAAUUGGUUGAAGAGUGGGAAAAAAUUGUUGGAAAGAAACUUGGAAAGAUUACCAUUUCUGAACAAGACUUUCUUGCCUCAAUGAAAGAUUUGGGCUAUGCGGAGCAAGUAGGAGUGGGACACUUCUAUCAUCUAUUCUACGAAGGUUGUUUGACCAACUUUGAUAUUAAAGGAGAAGAGGGAGCUGAAGAGGCUUCAAAACUCUAUCCAGAGGUCCAGUACACUCGCAUGGAUCAAUACUUGAAAAUCUAUGCAUGAGACUUUUUUUUUUUUUUUGAUGCAUGAGACUUUAAUUAAGUCGAUUUCUACAAAUGUAUGGAGCUUGGUAUAUUAAAAACAAUAAUAAUAAAGAAAGAAAAGAGCGAAAAGCUUAACAUGAUAAU